GGCGAUUUGACGAAAUAUUAGCUUGGGACUCACGACUGUAACGACAGUGAUGUCACUGCGCAUUGUCGGCUAGUUAGCUUCGGUUCACGAGUACCGCGGUGAAUCGUUGCAGGAAUAUUAAAUAGAAAUGUUUUAAACUGGUGUGGUGUAACAUCACAGUGUACAAAUGUCAGCGAGCUCUCGUUAUUUAGUACAACAAGAUAACGUCGUAUGUUAACCGGUGUGACCUGCCCGAGCCACGACUAGCUCAUCAUCAAUAAUGCUACGUAUUCUUUUAAAAUUCAUGAGAAAACAUAUAAAAUGAUGUCCAAACUGACAUUACAAAAAGUAGAAAGUAAUAAUAGGUGGAAUAAUUGUCGCUAAGAUACCUGUUCAGAAAACAGAACGUAAAUAAUUAACUGAUGGUGCGUUAAAAUUGAUUUAACAUUCUCGGUUGUUGACCGUGAGACGAGAAAAUGUGAUCAUAAUUUAUUGAUCAACACUGAAAAUGUGACGUGCAACCAAAUGGAAUUUACAUUCGAUUUCCGAGUGAUGGAAGCAGAACAGAAUGUUUCCUUCCAGCUGCCCUGUGCGGCCUCACCAUGGAGUCCAUGCUGAAUAAGCUGAAGAGCACGGUCACGAAAGUGACGGCUGACGUCACCAGCGCCGUCAUGGGCAACCCCGUCACGCGGGAGUUCGAGGUGGGCAGACACAUCGCCAGCGGCGGUCCCGGACUGUGCUGGAGGAUCUACAACGGCACCAAGAAGUCUACCAAGCAGGAAGUGGCCGUGUUUGUCUUCGAUAAGAAGAUGAUUGACAAGUACCAGAAGUUUGACAAGGACCAAAUUGUGGACUCCCUGAAGAGAGGGGUGCAACAGCUGACUCGACUGCGACACCCCCGUCUCCUGACUGUUCAGCAUCCUCUGGAGGAGUCGCGAGACUGUCUGGCCUUCUGCACAGAGCCGGUCUUCGCCAGUCUGUCCAACGUGCUGGGCCACUGGGACAACCUGCCCAGCCCCGUGCCCAACGACAUCAAGGAGUACAAGCUGUACGACGUGGAGACCAAGUACGGCUUGCUUCAGAUCUCGGAGGGUUUGUCCUUCCUGCACAGUGGGGUGAAAAUGGUCCACGGCAACUUGUGUCCGGAGAACAUAAUUCUCAAUAAGAGUGGCUCGUGGAAGAUUAUGGGCUUUGACUUCAGUAUUUCAUCCAGCAACCCGUCAGACCCUGAUCCUAAAUUCUCCUGUAAGGAAUGGGAGCCCAACGUGCCGCCGCUGUGCCUGCCCAACCCCGAGUACCUGGCGCCCGAGUACAUCCUGUCGGUCAGCUGCGACACGGCCUCCGACAUGUACUCGCUGGGCGUGGUGGCGCACGCCGUCUUCAACGAGGGCAAGCCCGUUUUCGCCGUCAACAAGCACGACAUCUUCAAGAGCUUCAGCCGGCAGCUCGACCAGCUCACCAACAUAAGUCCGGCUCUGUUGAACAAACUACCAGAGGAGGUACGCGACCAUGUGAAAAUGCUGCUCAGUGUCACGCCCAACGUGCGCCCUGACGCCGACCAGAUGACCAAGAUUCCGUUUUUCGACGACGUGGGCGCGGUCACGCUGCAGUACUUUGACUCCCUCUUCCAGAGGGACAAUCUCCAAAAGUCCCAAUUCUACAAGGGCCUCCCCAAAGUCCUGCCCAAACUCCCCAAGAGAGUGGUGGUCUACCGCAUCCUUCCGUCUCUCACCUCUGAGUUCGUCAACCCGGACAUGGUGCCCUUCGUGCUGCCCAACGUGCUGCUCAUCGCCGAGGAGUGCACCAAGGACGAGUACAUCCGCCUCAUCCUGCCCGACCUCUCGCCCGUCUUCCAACAGCAGGAGCCCAUCCAGAUUCUGCUGAUCUUCCUGCAAAAAAUGGACUUGCUCUUGACCAAAACGCCAGCAGAGCACAUCAAGAACAGCGUUCUGCCGAUGGUUUACCGAGCUCUGGAAGCCCCUUCUGUGCAGAUCCAGGAGCUGUGCCUCAACAUCAUCCCGACGUUCGCCAACCUGAUCGACUACCCCUCCAUCAAGAACUCUCUCAUCCCUCGCAUCAAAUCCGCCUGCCUGCAGACGUCCUCGCUCGCCGUGCGCGUGAACUCACUGGUGUGUCUGGGAAAGAUCCUGGAGUACAUGGACAAGUGGUAUGUUAUUGACGAGAUCCUGCCUUUCCUGCAGCAGAUCCCCUCCAGGGAACCGGCAGUGCUCAUGGGAAUCCUGGGAAUCUACAAGUGCACCUUCAGUCACAAGAAGUUGGGCAUCCCCAAGGAGAACCUGGCCACCAAGAGCCUGCCGCACUUAGUGUCGCUCAGCAUCGACAGCAACCUCAACCUCAACCAGUUCAACUCUUUCAUGGUGGUCAUCCGAGAGAUGCUGAGCCGCAUGGAGGCCGAGCACAAGACCAAGCUGGAGCAGCUGCACAUCAUGCAGGAGCAGCAGAGGAGUUUGAACAUCUCCGGCACUGCCGCAGAGGAGACCAAGGGCCCGCCGUCGUCGCAACAGAUCGACGACAUCUUCGGUAGCACGGGGGUGAACGGGAAGGAGAAUGGAUCCUCAGCAGCAGCCCCGCAGCCUAACAGAAUGUCUCUGACUCUGGAGGAGAAACAGCGACUGGCUAAGGAGCAGGAGCAGGCGGCCAAACUGAGGAGUCAGCAGCCACUGGCGCCGCAGAGCAUCAAACCGACCGCCUCCGCCAACUCAAAGGCGAAAGAUCUGACUAGCAGCCUGCUCACCAACAUGGCGUCCCUGAACAGUAUGUCCUUGACCAACACGCCGCGACCACCCAUGGCGCAGGCCUCCCUCGCCAUGCCCGCCUUGCCCUCCUCCUCCAUGGGCGCCCCGGUGUCCAACGGCUUCAACCCGGCCUUGGGCUUUUCGGCGACGGGCAUGGGCACGAGCAUGCGGCCGCCGGCUUCCGGCGUCUACGGCGGCAUGGCCACCGCCGCAAGCACCCCCAACUUUGGCGCUCUGGCGCAGAACCACGGCCAGAUGAACAUGUUGGCGCUGGACAACCUUUUCACGUCCAACAAGCCCAAAGUCUCCCUCAAUCAAAUGGCACCCGGGGUCGGCACCCCUUGGCUCGGCCAGUUCGCCCCGGCCCAGAACGCUCAGCCCGCCGUGCGGGGGGCUCCAGCGGCGGGUUUCGGGAUGCAAGCGAACCCUUUUUUCAGCCCGCAGAACUUCUCCCAAACGGCCGCCGGCGCCAACCAAAGUGGACUGAAGCACAGCACGUCGGCCAACAACGACCUGAAAGACUUGUUUGGCUGAAAAGAUCCAAUGUGAAGUUGAAAAAGUCAAUCUUUGCCAUGUCUAUUUUUGACCGCGUUCACAUUCUGCACCUCAUUUGUAUUUGAAGGACGAACGAUGUGUUACUUCUUGUAUGCCGUCUUCUACAAAGCUGUGAGGUUUCUUACUCUUUUCUACUUGAUGUUCUUAGGGGUGCACGUGCUAGUUGAGAGUAACUUUAUGAAUCUGAAUGAUCUAAUUCCAGCUUCAGAAUAUUUGAGGACAGGAGGGAGGGAGGGAGGUAGCUGGACGUGUAGCAUCGAGUAAGCAGGCUGGCUCCAUGGCAACAAUCGCUACAGGACUAGUAUCCUCCUUGUUACUGUACCAUAUGGAGCCCAAUUAAACACAUUGACAUUUCACUUUUUUGUAAAUGCAGUAUGACUAGUUGGAGUGCCCCUUGUAGCCAGACGCUAAUGCGAACAAGGUGCAAAGUAGGCUCUUGUGCCUUACACGGUUAAACUUGUAUUGAUUCCUUUUCUCUCUCUCGCUCUCUCUCUCUCUCUCUCUCUCUCUCUCAAUUUGACCAAUGAAGGUUUAGCUUGUUUCGUUCUUUGAAUAAUUCUUGUUUUCCACAUGCAGUGUAGCAUUCAGAUGUAAAAUUUUAAAUGGUAAAAGAAGUCACUCUAGGUUGUUGUUUUUUUUUUUUUAAAUUGAAAGGCACAGAGGGCCUCUGCAGUUUUACUUGAGUGAGAGUUUAAGAGGCCUUAGUAAUAGUAAUGAUGGAUGACCUCCAACGUCCACACAACUCAUUAGAUACGCUUAGAUUUUCAACUAAAAGUGCACAGUUGUCAUUUUGCGGCUGCUUUCCGAAAGCCUCUGGUCUUUCCGAUUGUACAUCUUCCAUCCACUACUGCUGACAUUUGUGUGUUCUGUGUGAUUUCCUGAUGAUUUGAGGUUGUUCAAUGAAAAUGUGUACAUAUAAAGGAAAGUAUACAAUCGUUAA